UGUAGAAAUUAAAUAUUUAUAGUUAUCAUAUCAUUGACACGAUAAUCUAAUAAAAAAGUAGUUAAUCAAAACCAUUAUUACAUUAAUGGUGGUGAAAAUGUAGGAACCGUGACAGUAUUAAUACAUUAACUUUUUUAUCUAAGCUUAUAACCUUGCUAUUAAAACCAGUGUAAGGAGUAAUCAAUUUCCUAUUAUUUCUGGUCCUUGACUGCAAGUCCAAGGUGAAAAUGCUAACCACAAGCCUACGUCACUGUACAAAUAUAAACAUAAAUCUGCUAGUCCAAUCAAAAAGGCAUAUUUUAAGACAAUUUUCAAAUCUACCUAAAAUGUGUAUGUGUGGGACAAGAUACCAAAGACAAACAAUAUUUUAUAGAGUACAUUCAACUCAAAGUGAUCAUCAUAGACAAAAAGUUAUUAUAGAGACAACUGCACCUAAGAUAGUCCUAAACAAGCAAAUUAAAGAAGAUAAAAAGGAGAGGGAUUUUAGAUUAUUCUGGAGAGACAAAGUUGAUCCAUAUAUAAAAUUGGCAAGAUGGGAUAAACCUAUAGGUGUCUACCUCCUUUACUUUCCAAGCACAUGGUCAAUAGCGUUGGCCUCAAUUCCUGGUAAUGUAGAUCUUUACACUAGCUUACAUACUGCGGGUUUGUUCUUAGCUGGUGCAGGUCUUAUGAGGGGAGCUGGGUGUACAAUCAACGAUCUAUGGGAUCGUGAUAUUGAUAAACAGGUAGAAAGGACCGCUAACCGCCCUCUAGUGGCUGGUUUAAUAAGUGAGAAGCAAGCAAUUGCUUUCCUUGCCUUACAAUUAAGCCUGGGUCUAGGAAUAUUAUUACAAUUUAACUGCUAUAGUGUCCUGUUAGGAGCUAGUAGUAUGUUCUUUGUAAUAACCUACCCACUUGCAAAGAGGUUCACCAACUACCCUCAAGUCUACCUCGGAGCCACAUUCAAUUGGGGAGCAUUAUUGGGUUAUUCAGUACUACAAGGACAUUUGGAACCAUCUGUCUGUGUACCACUGUAUAUAGCCGCAAUGGCAUGGACCGUUUUAUAUGACACAAUAUAUGCACAUCAGGACAAAGUCGACGAUUCUCGUAUCGGUGUUAAGUCAACAGCUCUAACAUUUGGCGAACACACAAAGCCGGCAUUAACGGCCGCGUUAUCCAUAUCUUUGGCUGGCUUUUCUCUCGCAGGGUACGCGGCAGACCUCAAUGUGUUGUACUAUGCUGGACUGAUUGCAUUCGCGGGCCAUGCUGGCCGACAAAUAUACACUCUCGACACCGACAACCCUGCGGAUUGUGCAAAAAAGUUCAAAUCCAACGCCGUAGUGGGUUUUAUAAUAUUAAUGGGUAUUUUAGGUGGAGGUUAUAAUAAAUAUAUGGAGAAUCGGGAAAAGUUUAAAGGGAAAGAUAAUUUGGAAGCCACGAAAAGCUGCUUAUUUGGUUAAUAGCAAAUAACGUAAUGUACCCAACAUUACCCCUGAUCAGUGUUGCCAAAUAGUCUCGACGAGGUCCCCCUAGACUAAUUUGAUUUCCCCCCAGAAAUCCCCUAGGAUGUCCUCACCAAGCGGAUGUUGGGAUUGUUUGGAAAUGAAAGGCAUUAUGUAAAGUAUCUGUAAUAGAAAAUGGAUUGACGGGUUUAAGUUUUAUUCGGUUUUUGCGGUUGCGUGUGUUGGUACUCCAAUUUAGUUUUAAAAUCAGGAAUGUGAUAUGCAAUAGCAAAAAACUGUAUUUAUAUAUAAAGAAUAUCCUCUAUUCUGCCCCUAACAAGCUUGAGAAACCCCUAAAUCUAAGUGGAAAUCCUCUGAUCUGGCGACACUGCCCUUAAUAAUGUUUUGUAUUCGGUUUGUCAAUUGCUUUUGAUCACUUGAAGUGUCUCUGUCAAACUACGACUUUGUAAGCGAGCUAAUUAAAUAUUGUCCUAUAUGGCAAGUAAUAUUCUCAGUAUCAAUGUUUGGACUAAGUUUUUUUUCCGUUUUUAAUACGCAAUAAUAACUAUAAAAUUGAAUUUGCCACUCAAAGUACAACUGAAUAGGUCUUUCAUUAAAUGUAUCGUUAUUAUGACAUAUAACACUUUCUUUAGACACUUAAGGUGAAAUUCAGAAACAAGACUGCGCUAAGUGAGACUCCCGUAUGUCAAAAACGUAUUGCUCUACCAAGUCUCGUUUUUUUUAUCUUACCCUAAAGGUAGGUAGAUAAAAAGUGAUGUACUACUAUCGAUAGGCCAAUUUUUUUUAAUCAGAUGAUAUCGAAUAUCGGUGUAUGAGCUCAAUGGAAAGUUUAAAUAGUGAAUAGCUGUUCCGGUGACAUAAACUUGCAAAAAUUUGUUAGUUAAAUAUGUUAAAAUUGCAAAGGCUGUGAUUUAUAUAUAAAGGAUCAGUUAUUAUUGAACUUUAUAUUAUAUUGUAUUUUCCUACACAUUGCACAUGUUUAAAAUAUACUUUAUUGGAUUAAAUCGCAUUUAAAUUUAAAGUAAAUUAUGUUUUCGGCUGGCCCGCAUGUAUAGUAAAUAGGGUAAACAUAUAUAAGUAAUUUGAGCAUAAAAAUUAUUUAUUUAUAUAUAAUCCAGAACUUUAAUAAAAGCAACAGUAAUGAUUUUAUCAAAUUUGCAAGUAUAGUUAUAAGCCUAUGACGGGUAUAACUAAGGCACAGCACUUUCUACUGUUCUUAUCUAUUUAUAAUGUUGUAUAUUGAAGAGACAGCGCAAUCAGACUAAUUCUUAUUUAAGAGGAUAAUUACUUUGUGCAGCAGAUUAAAGUGACCACCAAAGCUUGGCUUUUAACCUG